AUGGGUGACCACGCCACCAUCAACAACCCCUCCGCCACCGACGCCGCCUUCGCGGAGAAGGGCAAGGGCAAGGCCCAGGACCCUGAGAUCAGCAUGGAGGAGGACAGCUCGUCUGAGAGCGAGAACGAGAACGAGAUGGCCGACAACGACGAUGAGGACGCUGAUGACCAGCUCGAGCCUAUCUCGCAAGACAACAUCAUCUCAGGUGGUCGCCGCACCCGCGGCAAGAACAUCGAUUGGCAGGAAGUGCGCGACAACAACGCGGACGCAAUGGAAGACGACGAAGACGACGACGAGGACUACCAGGGCGGUGACAACGACGACCAGAUGCACGACUAA